UGGAGGGCUUUGGUUAAUUCGGUGAUGAACCUUCGGGUUCGGUAAGCCAUCUAGUUAGUUAGUCAAUAAUGUCCGGUGGUAGGUAAUAUUCAAGAGAAGCAGGAGUGUUAGAGAAGACAGCUUCAUCUAGGCUUGUGCUAAAAGCAGGUACCAUGUAAUUUCAAAAAUUUAGAAAAGUUCAUGGUGCAUCGUGACAUCUGACCGGGAAAGCAAUAAUAUAAAAUGUAUAAUAACACGACAAAUAUAAGAGUAUAAUAAUAACCCAUUUGAAUUUCAAUGGGCCUUUUCUAUCGACAUUUUAUAAAUUCGUUUAAUGGCUGAUUAUUCCUAGAGGAAAAAAAGUCGCUGUGUAUCUUGGAAGCCGUGUUUUAAUGAGAAAGCUGCGUUUUAGCGGUUGAAUAGGACUCGUUUGCAGAAAUGAAUACAUUUGAUGUUAACGAUAUUACUUAAAACGCACUUGAUCUUUGGUGAUGAAUGUAUCAUAAUACAAUGGAAAGUGAAGGAAGGCAAAAGAAAGUAGAAGCUGGAAGGGAAAUGUUUGCUGCGUACUUAAAGAAGAAAAAUGGAUCAGGUCAACAAGGUGAUCAGAAAAAGAAAAAUAAACUUAAAGAUGAAACUCAGUGCUCAAAGGAAGUUUCUGUGGCAGGAGGGUCUUUGGAUGUUAGUCCUGUUUCUUCUUUUGAAGAUAGUGAAGUGGUUAAUUUGGAAAGUUCAACAAAAAACAAUGGAACGAGUACUACUUUAAGUGGGAGUAAACAAACCUUUGAAGAUGGAGGUGAGAUGUCUUCAGACAGAUUCCAAACCAGAUUGAGAGAGUUGGAGGACAUUCUUUGCAGUAAAGAAGCUGCAUUGGAAGCAGCACUCGAGGAACUUAGUGCACUAAAAGAAAUUACAUCUUUUGAUGUCUCCUCUGGCGUACUAGAAACAGACUACAAGACUCGUUUUGAGGAGUGUUGUAAACGGCUGUUGGAAUUUCAAGAAGCAGUGGAGCACAGAGAGGGGAUAAUCAAUCAGUUAAGCAGUUCAUUGCAGCAGGCUAUUCAGACACGCGAUGCUCUGCAACUUCAAGGGGACCAGCUUGCACAAGAAGUGGCAUUAUUGCAGCGCCAGCUGAAAGCCACCACAGAAUUGAUUCAGGGUCAUCACUGGGACACCGGCAUCAAACCUCAGGAUUACCUCUCUCUCCAGAAUCAAGUUUUAGCCCUUGAAGCUGCAGUCAGUAGAAAUGAGUCUGUCAUUAGUGAUCUAAAUUACAUUAUCAAAGAAAAAGAAUCCACACUUCAAAGUAAAUCUGACGAACUUCGGAAGAAAUCACAGGAACUGAGCCAGCAUAAAACAAAGUCUGCCAGUGAGAUUCAGAAUCUGAUGCGUGAGGUGGAAGAGCUACAUCAGAAAUGUGCCAUUAUGGCAAGCAGCCAAAAUUGUUUGAUACUAGAGCAUGAAGGACAGAUGGCAGCACUUCAAGCUGAACUUGAAGAAAACUUUGGUCUCCAGCUUGCUCAGAUUAAGGAGGAGCUCAGGAAUCAGUUUAAUCGGGAGAAAGAGGCAUUGGAAAAGAAGCAUGUUGAUGAGGUAGCAUUGUGCCAAACAGCUUCACAGUCUCCCAGAGCUGGAGAAGAACAGACAACUCUUAGCAAGGAGCAAUUGGAAUCUUUACAUUCUCAGGUGCAGGAGUUGUCAGAUGCUAGAGAGAAGCUGGUAAAUGAGGUGGCAGAGCUUAAACAGUCUUGUGUAUUGGAAGUGGAUUUACUUAAACAAAAAAUUUCUGUACUUCAGGAACAGCUGGAGGGAGCUGCCAAGGAGAAACAAACUUAUGAACAGCAUGUUUUAGAGUCCAGAAAAGAAAUUGAAAAAGGUUUCACAAUGUAUAAAAAUCAGGUUGAAGAUUUAAAAUUUCAGCUACAAGAAGCUUCAAGAGCUGAAGUGAAAUAUUCAGAACAGUUACAUGAAUGUAGAAAUGUUUAUGAAGCUGAACUUUCAUCUUAUAAGCAAUCCCAUGAAAUUGAAUUAACUUUGUAUAAAGAGCAGAUAGAUAGUCUGAAUUUACAAUUGCAGGAGGCUUUGAAAGCUGAAGCAGAGUAUUCAGCAAAAUUAAUUGAAUAUAAUAAAGCGCGUGAGGUUGAAUUAGCAUCUUACCAACAGUCCCAUGAAAUAGAGCUGUCUUCGUACAAACAGAGUGCAGAAGCACUGAAUUUGCGACUUCAGGAAGCUUCUUUAGCAGAAGAAAACUUUCCAAAAGUUCUGGCUGCACAUAAGCAGUCUUUGGAAUCUGAGUUAUGUAGAUACAAGGAAGAAAAUGAAGCUCUGAAUGCUGAAUUACAAAGGAUUUUGAAUAGUGAAGAGGUUCUCAGGAAAGAGAAGACUGAAAUUUUGGCAUCACAUGAUGUUGCAGUAUCAUCAUAUGAAGAACAAUUAGCGACUUUAAAGGCGUCAUUACAGGCUGCAGAGGAAACGGUAACAUAUCAUCAACGUGAAUUGUCUUCUCUUAAAACACAGCUUAAAGACAAGUCAGAUGUUAAUGAUGAUUAUGUAAAAGAGGUGAAGAGUUGCAAAGAACAAGUUGUAACAUUAACUACUCAGGUUGAAGAGGCUUUAAAAUAUGGGGAAAAAUGUAAACAAGAUUUUGCCCUCUAUAAAAAAUCGCAUGUGGAAGAAAUUAGUUUAAUUAAAGAUAAUUUUGAAUUGGAACAAAUUCAGAGAAAUUCCAUUGCCAGGUGCCAAUCCCAUGAAGCUGAACUGGCUUUAUGUAAACAACAAAUUGAUUUUCUUAAUUCACGAUUACAGGAUGCCAGUGAAGCUGAAAAGUGUCAUAUUGCAGAAAUAACUGCAUGCCAAAUUCAACUGAAAGAAUAUAAGGAGCAAGUAGACUCUCUUGAUAGAAGGUUCAGUGAAGAGUUAAUGCAUGCCCAGGAAGAUUUUUCUAAAGAAAUAAAUUCAAAAUGUCUGGAAAUUGAAACAUUACUUGCACGCCUUCAGGAAGCCUCUGCCUUAGAAGAAAAGCACAGAAGUCAGAUACUGUCUUCACAGAAAGAGAUUGAAAAUCUGAAUGUGCAGCUACAAGAAAGAGCUGAGACUGAAAAAAUAAGUAGAAUGGAACUUGUUUCUUACCAGGAGAAAAUGACAGCAUACAGUGAUGAAGUUCAGGCCCUUAAGAAGAUGACUGCAUCACAAGAUGAGAUGCAGACAUACAAGCAGCAAGUGAAGACCUUAAAAGAAAGCCUACAUUAUGAACUGUCAUGCCUCCAGGACUCCCACAGUAUACAACUGAAAAGAAUUGAGGAAGAACAUGCAGUAAAGAUUGAAUCAUUUAGUAAUCAAGUGGAUGAUCUGACUUUAAAGCUUGCAGAGGUUACUACAGCAAAAGAAAUACUUGAAAAGGAGAAGAAUACAUAUCACAAUUUAUAUGUAGCUGAAAUAAACGAGUAUAAAUGCCAGCUUGAAGAAUUUAGUGCCCAGCUUCAGGAGAACAGAAAGAAUGAAGAGAAGUAUGUUACUGACAUGAGUGACUGUCACAAACAAUUGAACUCAUAUAAAAGUCAAGUGGAGCUGCUGAAUGCAAAGAUACAAGAUGAUGUGUCAGAAAUAAAGAUUUCACAUGCUAAAGAAGUGAAUGACCUCAAAGAUGAACUGCAACACUUGAAGAACAUUAAUUCAACACUGGAAGCUGAGGUUGUGUGUUUGAAGUUGGCAGCAAAGCAUAGAGAUGACUCCAGCAGAGCACAAUUAGAAGAAGUCACAGUACAGUUCCUUAAAACUCAGAGUCUUCUUGCAGCAAAAGAAGAAGUAGAAGGAGCUUUGGAGAGCAGGAUUAAUGAUCUUCAAAUUGAUUUGGAAAAAGCAAAUCAUAGUAUUGACCAUAUUAAAAUAGAAAAUGAGCAGUUGCAAGAAAUGACUGUA